CCUCUCACUUUCCCCAGUUUUCAAGCAGUGCAUCUUUCUUGGCUUCAGUGCAGCUUUUCCUGAUUUAUACUGCGAUGAAGCUAACAACAAACAUACAAGAGGGAAAUCAAACGACCAUCACCGAAUUCAUCCUCCUGGGAUUUGGGGCUCUCCCUCAACUUGAUAUUAUUCUCUUCCUGCUGUUCCUAGUGAUUUAUAUUGUGACUGUGGCUGGGAACAUCCUUAUCAUUGCACUAGUUGUGACUGAUCAGCACCUUCACACCCCCAUGUACUUCUUCCUAGGGAACUUGUCCUGCUUGGAGACCUGCUACACCUCCACCAUCCUGCCCAGGGUGCUGGCCAGUCUUCUGACUGGGGACAAGUCUAUUUCUGUUAUGGGCUGCAUCACUCAAUUUUAUUUCUUUGGUUCUCUGGCAGGGACUGAGUGUUUGCUUUUAUCUGUGAUGUCCUAUGAUCGGUAUUUAGCGAUAUGCAAACCUCUGCAUUACGCAGCACUUAUGAAUGACAGGUUGUGCCUCCAGCUAGUGGUAGGGUUGUGGAUAGGUGGAUCUUUGUCUCUUACCGUCUUUGUAUUUAUGAUGUCACAAUUAACAUUUUGUGGCCCCAAUGAAAUUGACCAUUUCUUUUGUGAUUUUCGUCCAAUAAUAAAACUCUCCUGCACUGACAACCGCAUGGUGGAAUUUGCCAGUUUCAUAUCUACCACCAUAUUCACCAUGCCUCCAUUUCUAUUGACGGUGGCAUCCUAUGUUUGUAUCAUCUCCAACAUCCUGAGAAUCCCGUCCAGCACCGGGAGGCAAAAGGCCUUUUCCACCUGCUCCUCUCACCUCAUCGUGGUGACAAUUUUCUAUGGGACUCUCAUCAUGGUGUAUUUGGUCUCAGGAUCUGAUGCAUUGAGGGACCUAAACAAAGUGUUCUCUUUCUUCUAUGGAGUCUUGACCCCAUUGCUCAACCCCCUCAUAUACAGCCUGAGAAACAAGGAGGUAAAGGAAGCCUUGAGGAAAGCUCUCCUUAGAUCUUUUGUCUUUUACAAGAAUUCAAAAUUUUAA